UAUAGUUAUAGAAAAACAAAUUAAUUAUUUGUUAAUUUAAUUUUAAUUAAUUAGCUAAUAUUUUAUUUAUCCGCAUUAUUUAAGUGUAUUUUAGGUUUAAGAACCAAACUAAGAAUUUUCCCCGAAGCGAUUUUUUUUCCUCAUGUAAGUGCGUCCCAAAUAACACCACGUCCCCUAUCUACGGGCACUAUAUAGACUGUGUACUGACAGUAUCCACGCCCUCUGUAGCGCACUUUACGUCAAACACUAUCAAUUUGUGAUUGAACCGACACCGUAUGUGGGUCAGGGUCAUCCCUGUAUUGGCUCUCGAACGGGAACAAACGCCGGACGCUUUUGGGUUCCGUGUGCUGGACGAUGUCUUGGUGCGGACCUGAGGCCACAGACGAGCUGCUUCGCGAGUUUCUCCGCAUACGGUCCUCUGCCAGAAACAGGAUGAUGAAGAACUGGGGUGUGAUCGGAGGCAUCGCCGCUGCCAUGGCGGUCGGGGUGUACGUCCUCUGGGGUCCAAGCGCAGACAGGAAGAAAAGGAGGCGAGGCAUGGUGCCGGGGUUGAUGAACUUGGGAAACACAUGCUUUCUGAACGCACUGCUGCAGGGUCUGGCUACGUGUCCUUCGCUCAUCAGCUGGCUCCAGGACUUCACCACAAACAGCAGCUCCUGUCUCUCUGGCAUGGAGUGUGGCGAGACGGAAGAGCAGACAGAAACGCAGACAGAAGCUCAGACAGAAACUCGGACAGAAACGCAGACAGACAACAGAGUUUCCAAAACACUACUACAGCUGCUUUCAGCUCUGUCCAGUCCUGACCCUGGAGAAGACGAUGUUUUGGAUGCAGGGUGUCUCUUAGAAGCUCUUCGUCUGUACAGGUGGCACAUCAGCUCAUUCGAGGAACAGGAUGCUCACGAGCUUUUCCACGUCCUCACGUCGACUCUGGAGGAGGAGCGCGAGCGACAGCCCAGAGUCACUCACCUGUUUGACAUGGAGACGCUGGAGAAAUCAGCAGAGACGAGUGAAAACCCUGCCAGCUGUUGGAGUCGAGGUCCUCUGCACCCCGUUCCCAGCCUUUGGAGGACACAGCACCCGUUCCAUGGACGCCUGACCAGCUACAUGGCCUGCAAACGCUGCGAGCGCCAGAGUCCAGUGCGUUACGAUUCAUUCGAAAGCCUCUCGCUGUCCAUUCCUGCUGUGCAGUGGGGUCGGCCGGUCACUCUGGAUCAGUGUCUUCAGCACUUCAUCUCCUCAGAAACGAUUAAAGAGGUGGAGUGUGAGAACUGCACCAAGCAGGCCAAGACUGAGGACAGUCACGUCCCGGAGAGCCAGAGGACGACAUUCGUGAAGCAGCUUAAACUCGGGAAGCUACCCCAGUGUUUGUGUAUUCACCUUCAGAGACUCACCUGGUCUCCCGAGGGCGCUCCUAUUAAGAGACAUGAGCACGUUCAGUUCUCAGAAUACCUCAGCAUGGACCGUUAUAAACACCGCAGCACCACACAGAAAACCAGCAGGAGCAAAAAACACACAGCGGAGGAACCGCGUGACCAAAAUGGAGUCGACCCAGAGCAUCAUAACAACAACAAGCCGUUGUCGAAUGGCAGCAUCUCCUCUGCAUUCCUCCGUCCAGGAGCACUCGGGCCUCAGCUCGACCUCGUGCAUGACUUUAGCUCGGCGGAGUACCUGUUCCGGCUGACGGCGGUGCUCGUGCACCACGGCGACACGCACUCAGGUCACUUCGUCACAUACCGCCGCGGCCCGGCGUCCUUUAGCCCGCAGUGGCUCUGGGUUUCAGAUGAGUCGGUGCGUAAGGCCAGUCUGCAGGAAGUGCUCUCGUCCAGUGCGUACCUGCUGUUCUAUGAGCGAGUACGCAAGUGACCUGGGACAUCAGAGACUAGGGUUAGUGCUAAUGUUAAAUUGACACUCAGCGUCUAUGCUGGAUCAAGUCAGGUUUACAAAAAGCCACGGAUUCCAGACGAAGACACCUCCGGGACAUGACAAUCUUCACGCAAGCUUUCGAGUAUGAAGACGGUUCUUCCUUUGGUGAAAAACUUCUCCUAGACGACACUCUCUGCUCAGUCAUGCAGACGCGUGUUAACGCCACAUCAAACACCAGAAUCAAGAAACAAAGCAAAAAAACAUCAUCACAGAGAUGUUUACACGGUUGUCAGGGCGAAACGAGCUGACACUCACACGAGAGUGUGUUACCUCAGAUGUAACACACAGCAAUCUUACGCCGUCCGAUUUCAGUUUUUACAAAUUCCUGUUCUUCACUGACAGGUGAAACCUGAUGUGCCCUUCCAUGUAUCAACCUUAACGUCCUGAGAUGCAUUUCUGCUCAGCACGGUUGUAAGAAGCGAUUACUAUAGACUUCCUCGUGGCUCAACAUCAACAUUUCCACUCUCAUAUUGGUUGUUUUUCUGCAUCAUUAAACACAAAUCCUUUUUUUUUUAAACCUGAUGAUCUGGGAUGAGAAACAGUGCCAUUAAGAUCACACUUUUGCCCGAAGACGUUCACCUGAAUGUGCAUGAUUUGUUUUUUGCUUUUUUGGGGGACGGCAGGGGAUGGAGGGGGAGCGUUGCACACGUUGGAUUAAGUGGAGUGAGUGGUACGCAGGAACGUUUUAGGAUUUAAGCUGAAGAGCCUAAAUUAAACUUGUUUUCCUGACUGCUUUAAUGUUUUAUUUUAAUAUGAAGUACCUCAAAGAAAAAGUGAUGAUCAAGACCUGGAACUGAAAUAUUAAUACCGAGCGCUUCUUUUAAAAGCAGGAUGCGUGAUUCUGGCAUUUCCACUGUGGUGUCUUUUAAAGCUAGUGCAUUUAAAAAUAAGUUCUUUGGAUGAUCAGAUGGUCCAGGUUUCAACCACUUGUAUUUGUAACGAUUUCGCCCUAAGAGAUUUGUUUUGUAAGUGGGCAUCUGCUAGUCUUUCUUUAAAGAAAGUGUCGUACCUUGAUACAAAAUUCAGGCAGGAGAAAGCUUAAAAUUUUGUGUUAGACUCUUAUUUAAAAAUAGAUCCUCAUGGGUUGAAUGGGUAACAAGUAUACAUUUCUACAUGGAUUCUGCUUGGACGUGGGUUUUUCCAGAGGAACAGGAACGCUUGUAAAAGUUGGAUGGAACCAGUUCAUUUGGGGAAACCGAGCCUGUGAUUAAUAGCUGCUGCUGCAUCUUUUCAUGUGUGAAUGUUAGACUGGAUCUCAAUUUUUGAUUUUUAUAUUUAAAAAUAAAUUCCUUGUUUACCUAUUUCUCAGUUUUGUUUUGUUUUUUAGUCACACUUUUUGUCCCAUUAUGUAGCUAAACUCUUGAGAGACUUGCGUUUGUCUCCACCGUGUUGGUGUCUUCCAGCCAAGAUGCACCUUUAAUUCGACAAGAAGCCAUGGUGGCUGAAUAAGCGCUGAUUAUUACACAUUUUAGAUCUUAAGAAAGA